AUGACGUCAACAGCUCGUCCACCGUCAACGAUCGUGCUGCAAGCGCGUGGCUUCUUGUCGUCACGUGCUCACCACAAAUCCACCCCAGACGACACGAAUUAUCCACUGACGGCACUUGCCAUUCCCUCAAUUGUCGUGGGCAAAGGAGUCGAAUCCACUUUCCAGGUCCGAGGCGAUCGAGAGGUGGACGCAGCACACGGAACUUUGGAGCGGACCAUUGGACGGGGCGUCUGGGUCUAUAGUGACCACAGCUGCCACGGCUCGAUCGUGAAUGGGAGCCAACGAUUGCAUCAGGAUGCGGUCGUGGUGCACCACGGGGAUACACUAACAGUAGGUCAGACAAUCAUUCAAUUGGAUCUAGAAAGCAACACGGCGCUUGCGACCGUUUCAAAAAUUGAGCAACUCGUCGACCGAGCGAUGGCAAAACACGUGCGACCGAGUCAAAUGUUAAGUGCACGGAAUGUGGCGCGGAUGGCUCGACGUCGAGCCUCGACACCGUGGGGGCCAGCGGUCGCGGCGCACGAAAGUGUUGUAUCUGCUGAAACUAGUAAACAACAAUCAUUGCAAAUUGAAACAUCAGGACUAGGAGGCCACGAGCCUAGUUUAUCAACUGCGGUUGAGUUGGUGCAAACGCCUCUGGAAUAUUCAGCAUCGCCUGUUGCUAGUACGCGGUGGUGUAGCGAAUGGAACCCAAUUGGGACGACAACUCAAGUGGAAGCAGGAAAGUCACCGUCACGAUCUUUCGAUCAGCACCGGCAUCAACCGACAGUCCCCCAAGCGAGUAAGGGAAUUGAUCAAGCCUCACAUGCAUCCUUCUCAUCGUCACAUCAGAUACGUGUGACCGAAAGCUUAGAAAAGACUAGUCGCCCUCCUCCAUUGGAAUAUUCCAGCUCCCCAAUCGUGUCUCCGUCGUGUCUAGCGGCGCAGCAGCGCCACAACAUCUCCAAGCAGCGGCCGCCUAGUGUGACUGAUACUGCGCCUGGUUAUCCAACUGAAAAGCUGCCGCGGUUAAAGAGUCCAGAUGUUUGGCCAAGCUCACGGCGUGAUGAUCUUCGCAUUCAAGUGUCGAAAAAGAUGGCUGCAGCAGCGCCUGCAAGUGCUGAAAGUAUCGGUAUUUCCCGACAAGUUCAAAUGCCAAACCUAGACUUUCGGGGACCAGCGUCACCUGUGGCACAAAGGGACAUUAUGAAACAGCAAGAGUCGCAACAGGUAAUUUUGCACCGAAAAAUUGUGGAGGAACAGCUUCUCAAACAGCAGCAAGAGGAAUGGAUGAGACGAAACAUGAUGCCAGCCACGUUGAACAAUACCGAACAGGACACUGAUCCCAUUUCCAAACCACGUAUCUUACUCUCUCUUACAACAAAUGAGGAAGAGCUGCCCAACGUCGAUUCAAAUGAGCUGAAAACUUUCCCGGUACCGGCAUCGCUUCUCGCACACGCGGGGCAUGAUCGGCCAGACAAUCCACGGUUCGCGGCAGUCAGUCAAUCAUCCCGAGCACGACUGGUUGGGUUCCAAGCAAGGGUUAACGGGCUCGAUAUGACGGAAUGCUGUAAGCCUGCAGCGCUUGUGUCAAGCCCAAACAGAACCACCAAAUGGGAGAGCAGUAGCUACGAGAAAGAUUGCACAAUGCGCAACUCCGAUGAAAGCGUUGUUUCCACAGCAACGACGACUAUUGCGUGCCAUCGCCGUGUCACGAGCUCGCUCUCGUCAAGCUGUGCCAGCUCGAUCGGGCUUUGCGAUAUUCCCGGAUGUGAGAAUGAAGAGGAGACAACGGACACGGCAAAAACAGAUUUGUAUGUACCAGCUGCGCUGUUGCGUCACUCUCGUAAAGAAUCGACUCUGGUGUUCGACAUCGGUCGCAACAGCAGCAUAAAUUCUUGGUGUGAAUCGUUGUUGUCACCGUAA